GCCCUGCACUGCAACGGGGUGGAUGACUGCGACAACGAAGCUGAUGAGGAGAACUGUGGCAAGCAGCAAGCCCUUCGCAAAGAGGGAUGCCCCCAGAUGGAUGACAGCGGCUGGCUGCAGAUCUUGGGCAACAUGCUGGCUGCAAGGAGCAGCAGGAUGGUGGUGGAAGAUGAGGUUGAUGCCUGCUGUAAGCUGUCUUCCCCAGGACUGGACAUCCUUUCCCACCCCCCGCGGCCAGGAAACCUACCCCUGCACCCGACCAGCUACUUCAAGAAGUUCCGGUAUUGCAGCUACGCGCCUCAGGUGCGCAGCUGCAAGCCCAACACCAAUGGCAUCUCCUCCUUUGAGAACCUCCUCGCCAACAUCAUCCUGCGUGUCUUCGUCUGGGUGAUCGCCUGCCUCACCUGCUUCAGCAACCUCUUCGUCAUCUGCAUGCGGUCCUUCAUAGUCACAGAGAACAGCCAGCACACCAUGGCCAUCAAGUCCCUGUGCUGUGCAGAUGACCUGAUGGGCAUCUACCUCUUUGUCAUCGGAGCCUUUGACCUCAAGUACUCAGGUGAAUACAACAAGCACACCCAGGGCUGGUUGGGCAGCCUCCAGUGCCAGCUGGUGGGCAGCUUGGCCAUGCUUUCUUCCGAGGUGUCGGUCCUGCUGCUGACCUACAUGACCCUGAAGAAAUACUUCUCCAUUGUUUUCCCGUUCAGCCACCACAGAGCUGGCAAGAAGCAGAUCAUCUUGGUGCUAGUGACCAUCUGGCUUCUGGGCUUCUCUCUCAGCAUCAUCCCUCUGUGGUGUAAGGAGACUUUUGGGAACUACUACAGGAGGAACAGGGUGUGCUUCCCCCUGCAGUCCGACCUGGGCAAGCGGCCCAGUGCCCGGGGCUACUCCACCACCAUCUACCUAGGCUUGAAUCUCACAGCCUUCAUCACCAUCGUCUUUGCCUACUCCAGCAUGUUCUACUCUAUCCACAUCACUGCAUCCAAAACAGGGGAGAGAGAUGUCUGCUUCUGGGAAGUUGCCAUCGCAAAGCGGUUCUUCAUCGUCUCCAUCGAUGCUCUCUGCUGGAUACCUAUCUUCCUCCUCAAGCUGCUCUCCCUGCUGCAGGUGGAAAUACCAGGCACCAUCACCUCCUGGGUGGUCAUCUUCAUCCUGCCCAUCAACAGUGCCCUGAAUCCCAUCCUCUACACCAUCACCACCGCCUCCUUCCAGGAGAAGGUGAAGGGCUGUUUGCAGACCAAGCAGCUGGAGCUGCACAAGUCCCGCAAGAGCUUUACCCUGGUGACACUGCAGGCCAGCAGCAUGUGA